UACCUUAUUCCAUUAUUCCAACCGCACACCGAAUUCGGUAUAAAUAGGCUGCAAAGUAUGCCAGUUAAGUAUUCAGUGUUUAACGUUGACUCACAACAGAAGUAAACUUAAAUUCAAACAAAAUGGCUUUCAAGUUCGUAGCUCUCCUUGCUCUGGUCGCUGUUGCCAAUGCUGGACUCGUCCAACAUCACGCUCCUUUGGCUUACGCCGCUGCUCCCGCAGCAGUUGUACACUCUGCCCCCGUGGCAUAUGCUGCUGCUCCAGUUGCCGUCGCUCAUGCCCAACCUGUCCUUGCCAAGGCCGCUGAAGAAUACGAUCCUCAUCCACAAUACAAAUUCGCCUACGAUGUCCAAGACUCUCUAUCCGGAGACUCCAAGAGCCAACACGAAUCCCGCGAUGGUGAUGUUGUCCAGGGUGAAUACUCCUUGAUCGAUGCCGACGGAUACAAGAGGACCGUUCAAUACACCGCCGACCCCAUUAACGGAUUCAACGCUGUCGUCAACCGCGAACCAUUAGGACAUGUUGUCAAGGCCGUUGCCGCUGCCCCAGCUAUCGUAAAGUCAGCUCCAUUGGUUUCUGCUCCAGUUGCGUACUCCGCACCAACUCUCGUUAAGUCCGCUCCAUUGGCCUACGCUUCAGCCCCAGUAGCUUACUCCGCACCAACUCUCGUUAAGUCCGCUCCAUUGGCCUACGCUUCAGCCCCAGUAGCUUACUCUGCACCAGCUCACUAUGCCUACUCUGGUCCAGUUUUUAUCGUUGCCCUUGCCUUUGUUGCCGUUGCCAGUGCCGGACUUGUUCCAGCUACCCAAUUAUACCAUGCUGCCCAACCAGUUCUGGCCAAGUCUGAGGACGCCAAUGACCCCCACCCACAGUACCAGUUUUCUUAUUCCGUCAACGAUGCUCUGACCGGUGACGUUAAGAGUCAAACUGAGACUCGUGAUGGGGACCUCGUCCAAGGGGAGUACUCAUUGAAUGAUGCUGAUGGCUACAAGCGUACUGUCCAAUACUCUUCCGAUGCUGUCAAUGGAUUCAACGCUAUUGUAAACCGUGAACCUCUCGGACAAAUUGUCAAGGCUGCUCCUGUUGCUGCUGCUCCAGUUUCCUAUGCUGCACCAACUUUAGUUAAAUCAGCACCUUUGGCUUACGCUGCUGCACCUGCACUCAUCAAAUCUGCACCUUUGGCUUAUGCUGCUGCACCAACUUUGGUUCGAUCAGCUCCUCUUGGUUAUUCUGCUCCAGCAACAUACACUCAGGCGUACACCCAUGCUGCAGCACCAACUUUGAUCAGAUCCUCACCAAUUGCCUACUCCCAUGGACCAGCAGUUUACACCACCCAGAGUCUGUUUGUUGUACUUUUCGCCUCAAUCGCGGUGGUGGUGCGAGCUGGCUUAUUGCCAGUCGAGGUCAAAACAGUCGCCCAUCAACCGGUGCCGGUAUUGGACGAGGCCGAGGAGGAAUACGAUCCGCAUCCGCAAUACAAAUUUGCAUACGAUGUGGAAGAUGUCAUUUCUGGGGACUCGAAGAGACAAGUUGAAGCUCGUGACGGUGAUGUUGUUCGGGGCCAAUACGCACUCAACGAUGCCGAUGGAUUUCGUCGGACAGUCCAGUAUAUGGCUGAUCCAGUUAAUGGCUUUAAUGCUGUUGUCCGUCGUGAGCCAUUGAUGGUGGUGAAAGGUGUCGACGAUGGAGUUGUUGGUGUCGUUCCUGAUGUCACAAGUGGUGCAGUUCAAAUGGCAUUCAAAUUGAUUGUUGCUCUUGCAUUCGUUGCUGUGGCCAGCGCUGGACUCAUUCCCGUUCACCAGGAAUACCAUGCUGCUCAACCCGUGCUGAUCAAGUCCCACGAAUCUCACGAUCCUCAUCCACAAUACCAGUUCUCUUAUGCUGUGAAUGAUGCUUCUACAGGAGAUGUGAAGAACCAAAUCGAGACCCGUGAUGGAGAUCUUGUCCAAGGAGAAUACUCCCUCAUCGAUUCCGAUGGCCACAAGAGGACUGUCCAAUACACUGCUGACUCCGUUCAUGGAUUCAAUGCUGUUGUCCACCGUGAGCCACUCGGACAUGUUGUAAAGGCUGUCCAUUCUGCUCCAGUUGCUUAUGCUGCUGCUCCAGCUCUCAUCAAGUCAGCUCCUGUGGCCUAUGCUGCUGCCCCAACUCUGGUGAAAUCAGCUCAUCUUGGUUAUGCUGCACCAACCGCGUACACUCAGACUUAUGCUGCUGCUCCAGUUGCUUACUCCCAUGCACCAGCUGCCUACACAACCCAGACCUUGGUGAAGUCAAGCCCAAUCUCAUAUGCUGCUCCAGCUUAUGCCUACCAUCAUUAAGGAAUUGUUAAAAGUUUACUUGUUGCCUGAUGCCAAAUGUUUGAUGAAAUUCAAUGUUAAUAAAAAACUAUUUAAUACGAACAA